GUGUUGCCCCGUUGGGUAUCGUGAAAACGUGCCCAUGCUCCACAUGUCUAUAUCCCUUUCCGGGUUCGUGGGUCCAUCAUGUUUUUUGCGCACCAGAGUGUCAGUCAUUCGCGGAAUGUGGGCGCCUAUGAUCAUCAAGGUGGCCUUGUUGUGGAUGCUAUUGCACGAUGCUUUGGUGGCCGCGGAGCAUGACCUGACAAUGAAUUUCAAGGACAUGAAUACAAUUAAGGACAUGCGGAACGAAUUCUGCGGUCCAGUGGCGAGCAUACACAACGGGACCUUGAAACUCAGGGAUGCCUUGAAGGGCAGGCACAUUAACAUGGUCACUACCCGGGACCACCUCCCAUGGUACGACGAACCGGAGAACAACACAGACCCAACGCGAGCUAAAGGUUUCCACAAAGAAUUAGCCGACACGGUGGCAAGUCGGGGGGGGUUCACCUACACAUUGUACUCAGUCUCGACUUCAUCUUUCACUGGCAUGAGUUGGUCGGAGUAUCUCGCCAGCAGUUUGGAGAAGUUUGACGUGAACCUCGAUAAUUGGGCCGACAUCCCUGACCGGGCGUCUGCGGGCAUCCGAACGCCAUACGGUUACAUAGACAUGAGCAUCACGCCCGUUACGUACGGCACCGUUCAGAGCCCCAGUUUCUGGGAGAAGCUGAAGACUUUCAGCGUUCCGCUGGAAGGACCUCUGGGGUCUCUUCCUCGUUAUCGCCUUGUUGACAUCCUUGGCCUACUUCUUCCUGGAGAGGGACGAAUCGGGCGAUGGGUGGACUGCAGAGGAUCCGGAUGGAUACAAGAUUGA